AUGGAUCCGCAAGUCUUCGGCCUCAAAAAUGUUGACAACUCCAUCCAGCAUACAGCCUACCCCCGCCUACGUGCCUUAUCACGCUGUGAUCUGAACUCCUGGUGGAGUGACGAGGCGGUUCAGGAUGAAGAACAGCAGGGCACGUCCACCUUCCACCGCCAGAUCCUUGUCCGCACAGGGACUUCAAAGCAAGGGAGCAUCAGCAAUAAUAGAAAGAAGAGAAUUAGGUCUUAUCAAUCGACUGGGAUUCCCGGAAGCCCAUCGAAGCUCAUUGGCACAAGCAGCGUCCAAAUGCCCUCCCCCAACUUGAAGUCCUCGAGUCAAGGACACGGACGAUGCCCGGUCAGAAGACAGACCUAUACUUACUCUGUCCAUGUUCUGAAGGCAGGCGCUUCGAAGACCGCUCUGCAGCCUAUUCUCGACUUGUCCAACCGCAUCUUCGACACGACGUUGAUGCCACCCACCCAUCACUCGUCGCUAGAUGAAUGGCAUACGCGUCUCUCGUCACAUUCGACCAUUGGAGGCGCGAUCCUGGUCUCUGCUAUCGCUACCACAGACCUAACCCUUCCCUCCCGGGCGUGUAAGGAGACGACGAGGGAUUUCAGCUCUUCCCCGACCAGUGAAAUCGAACCGGUUAAAACCUCAUGGACCACUGACGACUUAACUGCCCCCUCAUCCACUAGUGGACCAGAACCUGUUGGGUUCAUCUUCGCCAUCCCCAAGACAAGCUCCUCCCUUCCGUGUCCGACCCUGCAUAUCUGGCUUGCUGGCGUCGCUGACCAGGCGCGAGGCACAGGCGUUUUUGCCGCCCUGAUGAGCGAGGUCGAGAAGCACGCUCGGGGCGACGGUAUCGGCGUCGACCAGGUCCAGGUGCAGGCCUUGACCGUGUGCACUUUCCCGGCAAGGUUUGGCAGGAUGUUCGCAAUCUUGCAAAAACAAGGGUGGGACGUCAGAGAGCGCAUGGAUGAUGGGAAGGUGCUUAUGAUGAAGGGUCUGGGAGUUGGGACAUGCGUAUAA